CCUGGCUUCUUCAAGCUAAACACCCCCUAAACCUAAAACCCUCUUUUUCAACCUCUGCAUACCCACUGGAAAUCAGUUACACAGAAAAUGGCGAAAUUGUGUUGCAUAAGCCGCGCAUCAUCUCUUAUCUUCUUCCUCCCUCGACCCAACUUCACUUUUCGUUCAGCACUAUUCUGCAAGCCUUUCAUAUCACAAUCCUUACAUUCAUAUUCCACCACCAAAACUCCAUUCCCACUCCAAUACGAAAUGAUAAUCACCCGCCCACCUCAAACUACACCCCUCCACCACCCUCGCCGCCGCCGAGCACCAGCGCUCCCGAAUUCCAAACCUCCAGAUACCGACGUGGGUUUUGAUGACUGGGUUGAUAUGAAAUUAACUUCAGAAUCAGCACCCUCGUUAACCACAUCAAAUCAAGAUCAAAAGCAACCCGUCUUGUUGAAUGAUGAGAUGGACAAAUCUAAAAGGAAGUAUUACAACAAGAGACAAAAGAGAAUGUAUGGUUCGGAUUCAGAAGAUGAUGAUGGUAAGCAUGAGAAUAAGUACAUUGAGUUAAAUCAAGAAGUUGUUAAGUUACGCACAUUGCAUAAAAGAGAAGAGGAAUUGUAUUUCUACGAUGCUUUCGCAUAUCCAUGGGAAAAAGAUAAGCAUUAUAAGAUGGUGUAUCAGUUGGAGAAGAAAUUUUUCCCUGAUCAAUGUUUUGACAAGGCGUUUCUUGAACCAGGUCAAUCGAAUGAGGAGAAGAAGAAGAAGAGGGUUGCAGUUAAGGGUGUUGGGGAGAAGAAAGAUGAUAAGGGAUUGGUAUUCUUUGAGGAGGAGAAAGUGAACAAAGAUGUGAAAAUGGAUAUCACAGAGAAGAAAGUUGAGGAGUUCUUCAAGUGUUUGAAGAAAGUCCCCAAUGAAGUUGAUAACACACUACCCUUCAUCUCAGGUCGAAGUUCAGGGCUUCCUCCUAAAUGGGAUGGUCCAACUGGAGCUGUUCUUUUGGUUAACAAACCUAAAGGAUGGACUUCAUUUACAGUUUGUGGGAAGUUGAGGCGACUUGUCAAUGUAAAAAAGGUUGGGCAUGCGGGGACCCUUGAUCCUAUGGCAACUGGUUUGCUUAUUGUAUGUAUUGGCAAAGCAACAAAGUUGGUUGAUAGAUUUCAGGGUAUGGUUAAAGGUUAUAGUGGAGUUCUUCGUUUAGGAGAAGCUACCUCAACCCUUGAUGCUGACUCACCGGUGAUACAACGUGAGCCAUGGGAGCACAUAAAGGAUGAUGAUAUAAAGAAAAGUGCAGCAUCAUUUUGUGGGGAAAUAUGGCAAGUCCCUCCAAUGUUUUCAGCCAUCAAAGUUGGAGGUGAGAGGUUAUAUGAGAAAGCAAGAAGAGGAGAAAGCAUUGAACUUUCACCAAGAAGAAUAUCAAUUUUCCAGUUUGAUGUUGAACGAAGUCUAGAAGAUAGACAAAAUGUGAUUUUUAGGGUGACAUGUUCAAAAGGGACAUAUAUUCGAUCCCUAUGUGCAGAUUUUGCAAAGGCUCUCAACAGUUGUGCUCAUAUGACUGCUCUACGAAGAGAUUCCAUUGGGGAAUAUUCGGUAGAUGAUGCCUGGGAUUUUGAGGAGUUAGAGAAAGAAAUUCCCAAAAAUUAUAUGUAGAUUUUGUAUGAUUAUUCUUGGUAGUUAAGUUUCUUGUAAUCUAUGUCAUGUGUUUGGUUGUCAGAAAAAUGGAAUGGAAUUCAACUCUAUUCCUUUGAUAUUUAACAAGAGAAUGAAUGGAAUUCAGUUUCUUCUGAACCUCGGGAAUGGACAAAUCCUUGAAGGAUAUCUGAAAGAAGUCGAAGAAAUUGAACUCCAUAUAUUUGGCAACAUAUAUGCUAUAGGAUGGAAUCUUGAAUUCCAAUAUCAGUUCAUGUGGUUUCUGUUGUAAUUUAUGAACCAAACACACCCUAUCAGACUAGUUUUGUUUUGGUU